UCCAUUCCCGAUAAAUGUUAUGCAAACGUCCAAUAUGGCGACAUCUCGUAACAUAGUUUGCGGAAGAAUGCUCUCCUGUCUCUUGUUGUUUUCCUUCGUUUUCUCCGCCGUUUCUGACGGCAGUAAGCUCGCGUCGGUUCGGUACGAUGAAGGCACCAAGACCUACCAAAUCACCGACACGCUGGACACCGGCGCCGCCGCCUGGGCCAACUUUACGGACAGAAUAUCGUCGACUGGCUGGUCGUUCCUGACCGUCACCACCAAUGAGAAGUACAACGACAGCGUGCAGGCGUACGCGGCUGGACUGGUGGAGGGAUACCUCACACGUGAUCAUAUGUACAACCACUGGCUGAACACGGUGGGCGCAGCCUUCUGUAGCAGCAAGAGUACAUUCUGUAAGAACCUGGAGAGUUUCCUGAAGACUAACCUGGCCUGGAUGAAGGAACAGAUAGAGGCUAGCGGAGAAACAGACGACUACUGGCACCAGGUUAAGUUGACUCUGCAGCAGUUAUCAGGUCUGGAUGAUGGGUACAAUGAUGAACCCAAACAGCCAUCUCUGGACAUCAACCCUUUUGGUUUCCUGAUUUUCCAGAUCAGUGGUGACAUGGAGGAUUUACAGGAAGCCCUGAAGGACAGAGACUCCCACCGUGUCCUCGGCUCUGGGUCCUGUUCCGCUCUCGUCAAGCUGUUGCCAGGCAACACGGACCUGUUUGUGGCUCACGACACUUGGAAUACCUUCCAGUCCAUGCUGAGGAUCAUCAAGAAAUACCAGUUCCCCUUCAACAUGGGUGGUGCAGAUAAGAUCCCAGGCCACACCGUUUCCUUCUCCUCCUAUCCUGGAGUUCUGUACUCAGGAGAUGACUUCUACAUCACAAGCUCAUCCCUGGUUGCCCAAGAGACCACCAAUGGGAACAGUAACCCUGCUCUGUGGAAGUAUGUCCAGCCCCAGGGACAGGUACUGGAGUGGUUAAGGAACAUCGUAGCCAACAGACUGGCCAACAAGGCCAUGGACUGGGCUAACAUAUUCAAGAAGUACAACAGUGGCACAUACAACAACCAAUGGAUGAUAGUGGACUACAAGGCUUUCACUCCAAACAAGUACCUACCUGAGAAAGGACUACUUGUUGUACUGGAACAAUUGCCAGGCAUGGUGGUUAUGGAUGACGUGACGUCAGUCCUGGCGAAGCAGGCCUACUGGCCAAGCUACAACACACCUUAUUUUGAAAAGAUCUUCAACGCCAGCGGGAUGCCGGCCAUGGUUGAGAAGUACGGAGACUGGUUCACGUACGAGCACACGCCGCGGGCUAACAUCUUCAGGAGAGACCACGAGAAAGUCACCGAUGUCAGCUCCAUGAUCAAACUCAUGAGGUACAACGACUUCCAACACGACCCACUGUCCAGGUGUAACUGCACUCCGCCAUACAGCGCCGAGAACUCCAUCUCCGCCAGGUCCGACCUCAACCCCAUCAACGGAACCUACCCGUUUGGCGCUCUACAACACCGCUGUCAUGGCGGCACAGACAUGAAGAUGACGAGUUAUUCCAUGUACGCCAACUACGAGAUGAUGGCAGUGAGCGGUCCCACCCACGACCAGCAGCCGGCCUUCCAGUGGAGCACCUCCGACUACGACAAGCAGUUCUACCAUCUGGGACACCCCGACAUCUUCAACUUUGACCCCGUCCAUGUGAUCUGGUACGACCAAUCAGAUGACUGAACUGAAAAGCACUGGUUUGAUGUUAAUAUUAUGGAUUUUUAUCAGCCAAGCUGUGUAAAACUAUAGCAUUUCUGCUUGCUUGUACAUUCUUGUACUUCUCUGCAUAUUUGGUCACAGAAUCCUGAGUGUCUGAGAGUUAGAGUAUUUAACAAAUACUGAUUACCACUCUAUAAUUUUGAAAAAUGAGAAGGCAAAGAAAUAGAAAUUUUGUGACACAGACAGCUAUUUGUUCUAUAACAUAAAACAGUGUCCAGAUUAAACAACAGUUUCAAGAUGACUUUAAAAAAUCUUGUGAUUGUUUUAAAAAAUCUUGAGAUUUUCCUUAAAAUCUUGAGAUUUUGUCAGAAAAUCUUGAGAUUUUUUAUUUUUAAUGAUGUGUGACGACUCCCGCUGGGGGUCAUUAUGAUCCGUAUGGUGACAGGAAAGUUGUUCACAAAAUAUCAGCCAUGUAAGUAUAAGCUAGGAACAGCAAGAAGCAUGUGUCCAAAGUGUUCUGGAUUGUGCAAAUUUAAUCUGGAUGCUGUUAUUAAGUAUUGAUUAUGUCAGGUAUCUGUUACAAUGUUGCCUGUCUUCUUGCCUUCAUUGUGAAAAUGUUGCUUUGAGUUUGCUGCUCUGGAGAAUAGUAAGUAAAUAAAAACCUGGAAUGUUAAAUGAUAAAAUUUCAACAUCUUCUACUGUAGACUUUCAAGUUUUUCAGAAAGUCAAGAUCCUUUAUCAUGAUAGGAGUAGAGAAGGUGUACGGUGCAAAAUGACCUUCCUGUCAAUCUGCAGUUACACCAUUUCCCACCUCACUUCCUGUGACUUAACUGUAAAAAACUACAAAGUAACACACAAUGUACCAAGUACAUGUAACACUGAAAACAAAACUUCCAUACACGGAUUUCACAACUUUAAUAUUAUCUAACUUCUGAUAGCAAGGUAAGGAUAAGGAAUGUACACAUGUUGUAAGAAGAUAUAGUAAUAUUUAGUAUGUUCUAUUGACCAGUCUGUGUUACACUUUUGAAGAAUGUUAAAAGAAGAUUCAUCAAGUAUAUUUUGAAGAUUCAAGUUGAUUUAAGCUGUGAGCUGAAUAGGAAAGAAUCAUAAAUAAAUUCAAUCAUUUGUUCUGGAAAUCUGGCAUUUCCAAAAUGAAUAAAACUUGUA